AUGCAAUCAAACCAUGAAGCCACCGCUCCAGAGCCAGUAUCAAACAUUCAAAUAUUCUUUCAACAAAUUAGAAGAUUUAACAAAUUCAUGGAAUACGCAUUUACACUUCCAAUGAGUUUACUACAAAAUGGUGUAAGCCUUGCAAUGAACAUUGCUUCUGCGAGUCCAAGUAUUUGUGCAGCUUGUAUGUGCUUAACAAUCACUACAACAUUGUCAGUUACAAGUGUUGCCGUGGGAGUUGGCGUAGGCGUCGGCGUAUGUUGUACUCAAACCUACUCGACCGUCUCAAAUUCUACCAGUGGCUAA